AGUUACAUCUACAUCGGCAAUAACAAUUUAGGCUUGACGCUUGAAAAUUCUGAAUUUCAGCCGGGAUUAAUUUUCAUUCUAUCUUAGUCUUAACUCCCAGUUAAUAUCAAAUGUAGUCCUCAGUUUUAAUUAUUCCACUCGCAUUAGAUUAGUGACUUCUUGCUUCUUGUUCCAACAUGAGUUUUUCCAGUGAUGAGGUUAACUUUUUGGUUUAUCGAUACCUUCAAGAAUCAGGUUUUCAGCAUUCAGCAUAUACAUUUGGAAUUGAAUCUCACAUUGCUCAAUCAAAUAUCAAUGGAUCCCUUGUACCUCCUGCUGCAUUGGUGAGCCUCCUUCAAAAAGGACUGCUCUAUACAGAAGCAGAAAUCACUCUUGGCGAGGAUGGCACAGAACAAAGGCUAGUGGAGAGUCUUUCGCUGAUUGAUGCAGUUAUGCCAGAUGUAGUUGCAAGCCGUCAAAAUCAAGUUAAUCAACAGAAGAUUCAGAACCCAUCACAAAUCAUCAAAAAUGAGCCACAGGAAACAAAUGGAGAAGAAGGUAACCAAGUUCCAGUCACCUGUAGCGCACCACCAGAAAACAUGGAAGUUGACUCCAGUAUUGAGAUCCCUCGUAGCAAAGCAACUGUGUUGCGGGGGCAUGAGUCGGAAGUAUUCAUCUGUGCUUGGAAUCCCACCACAGACCUAUUGGCUUCAGGAUCGGGAGAUAGCACAGCACGCAUCUGGGACAUGGGAGACGGCAGCAAUGCACCCAAUCAACUGGUUCUGAGGCAUUGUAUCCAGAAAGGUGGAACUGAAGUCCCCAGCAAUAAAGAUGUUACUUCGCUUGACUGGAAUUGUGACGGAAGCUUGUUAGCAACUGGAUCUUAUGAUGGCUACGCUCGAAUUUGGAUGAAUGAUGGAAGACUUGCCAGCACUCUCGGUCAGCACAAAGGACCUAUUUUUGCGCUCAAAUGGAACAAAAGAGGCAAUUAUAUUCUCAGUGCCGGUGUUGAUAAGACAACAAUUAUUUGGGACGCAGCUACUGGUCAGUGCACGCAGCAAUUCUCCUUCCAUUCAGCACCGGCACUGGAUGUUGACUGGCAGACGAAUGUGUCUUUUGCAUCGUGUAGUACGGAUCAGUGUAUUCAUGUCUGCAAACUGGGCUAUGACAAGCCUGUCAAGUCAUUCCAAGGUCACACGAAUGAAGUAAAUGCAAUUAAAUGGGACCCUCAAGGAAACUUACUGGCAUCUUGCUCGGAUGACAUGACUCUCAAGAUCUGGUCGAUGAAACAAGACACCUGUGUCCAUGAUCUCCAAGCGCACAACAAGGAAAUCUACACCAUCAAAUGGAGUCCCACAGGAACGGGGACGCCCAAUCCCAACAUGAACCUCAUCCUUGCCAGUGCAUCGUUUGACUCAACAGUGCGUCUAUGGGAGGUAGAGCGUGGAGUAUGCAUCCAUACAUUGACAAAACACUCAGAGCCGGUAUACAGUGUUGCAUUUUCACCUGAUGGAAAAUUCCUCGCAUCAGGAAGCUUUGACAAAUGUGUCCACAUCUGGUCAACUCAGAGCGGGCAGUUGGUCCACAGCUACAAAGGAACUGGUGGUAUAUUUGAAGUUUGUUGGAACUCUCGAGGAGACAAAGUUGGUGCAAGUGCCUCCGAUGGCAGUGUUUUCGUUUUGGAUCUGCGCAAAUUGUGAGUUGAAAAACGACAGUCUGUCGUACGAAGACUGUCUGACUGAGUGCAAAAGUUGAUUGUUGUCAUUUACUCAUCGAACACUGGAAGAACUGAGUGACGAUUUAAGUAAGACAUAUUUUAAGUUAGGAAGGCGUUCCUGUAAAUAGUGUAUUAUUGUCCGUUGUCUGUCAAAGGAGAACAACUUCAAGGCUUAUUUGUAAAUUGAACUUACUCAAUGAUUUAAAACUUAAUCAUCAGGAAAGAAACUUACAUCUGUUUCAAGGAGAGCAUGUCACAUCUCCUUUUUUUUAAUUUUAUAAAAAUUAGUACAGUAAUUACAAAAAGAAGAAUUUGUAGAGUAAAAACCACUUGAGGGAAUAUUUUGUGUUCAAAGAAAUCCAAAAGAUUUAAUGGCUUUCAUGAUGAGAACAGUAUUGCAUAGUUUUCAAGAUAUACGAUAAUCUCUGUGGGUGAUGGACUGAAAUGAGGUUUCUCGCUCUAAAGUGAAAACAAAAGUAAUCCUCGGAGGUCAUUCAGACUUUUUGCUACAAUCACAUAUUCAUCAAAUUUAAUUGUUUCCUCAAACAUUUCCUUUUUAUACUUAUACUAUGUAUUCCACCCUGUUGGUCGAACCUCUUUGGUUAAGAUCAAAUUAUAAUUUUUUUUAAAAAAAAA